GGCUAUAUCUCUGGGCUUGUUCUCACAGUCAACUCGUUUUGCCUUGUCUAUCGUCGACCCUAAGAUCUGAGGUCCAAACAUGUUUGCUGACACGAUCGUGUUCAGCUCUUGGAUCUCAUAUCAUGGCACGGGCAUGGGGUCUUGUCGUGCUCUUGAGUGGCAUCCUCCUCCUCUGAAGUGCGACAUCACUAAUCCACUCUGUCGUGAGUACAUAUGAAGUCACAGAAAUAGGAUUAAGCUGAUGGCGAGGGAGGACAUCCAUCAGGAGGUGCUGCACGGAUUGAGCACUUUUGCAUAAAAUCUGAGAGAAUUUGGUGCGGGUGCUCACCAGACGGGUGGGUGUUGUGUGUGUGAGUAAAAUCAUGGAGCGAAUAUGUCAUAGAACAAAUCGCAUGACAUAAUUGCAGCCAAGAGGCGAAAGCGGCUUUUGGCGUUAUUCUAGAAAUUUGCAGCAAAGAGAGAAGGAAAGCAAGGGCGAAAAGGAAAGAACUGAAUGCCGAAGGAACAAAGCAAGGCCAAAGCUCAGGCGCAGAAACAUGAGAUGGUCGGUCCUACAUGCACUGGUGUGAAGCAUAAUGGAGCGUAGCGGCUGGCUGAUGCUCGCAGCCGCCGGGUCUGAACUGGGGGCGGCCGGACCCCGCCGUGCCUCUUUUCGAUUUAAUGAGCUUGCUUGCUCCCAAAGAUUCUGUAGGGACUCGCAGGAAUAGUUCUGCAGGGACCAGCUCCGAGGACUCCUCCGCCGCGACGCCAUUCCACGGAGUCGCAAUUUCUUGGAGGCGACGAUGGUGGGGGCCCCCUUGACCAAUGAUCGCAGAUUGCCCCUGUUGCCUCUGGCGCGACGUCGAACCGGAGUCGCGGCCACACUCGAGAUGGCGCUGCAAUGCCGAUCCGCUUGCAACUGCGAGGUGGCGUUGUAGACAAGUCGUGAGGAUUAUUGGCUCGAAGGGGUCACGGUCGACAAUUCAUGAUUCCGCUUUCGACGCCGUCGAAGAAGCUGAUAGACUGCGAGGCUAUCAACUUGUCUAGACAGACGAGUCCUCUUUUGAGGCGUUGAUUGAUUGCUCGGGCCUUGAGGCCCACCAUGGUCGCGAAGAGAAAUGUGGCGUCCUUAGGACGUCGCUGCCAGAGAAGUCUAACACUACUACUACAUGAAACUAGAACUGAGUACGGGCCCACUCUUACAUAGAUUGGGUUCGACAGUGCGAUCUGAGGUGCUCGCCGGUUAGAUCAUGGAGGCUCGGAUAGAGGUAAAACUUCAUAGCAGCCUGAGAUUUACGUGCACCGAUUGAUGCUAGAUGAGGUCCUCCACAUCUAUUUCCAUAUGUCAUGCGUGCCAGCCACGAUAGGAAUUCUCGAGUUGCAGACGAUCAACGACAUGCUCCUCAAAUGACAUUGGAUGACGACGGAGAUAGUCUACUCAUGUUGAGAUUCAACGGCGCAUGUGCUCAUCCGUGAUAUCACCCGUACAAUCACAUUCUAAGAGGCAAAUUGGUGAGAUACCCAUCAUGUGUUCCCUCACAUCAAUGAGGCAAGCGAGCAAACCGCAAGUUGUCAGCUCUUACUGGCAACUACAAAACACACCGAAGGAUGUGGCCAAAAUUGACGCCCGAACUCUCCGGUGCGAGACUUGGCUUCCAAUGUACACUUUGUGUGACUGGAUCAUCGGCGAACCGACCUCCUAGUCGCCACCCAAGCUCCAAGAGCGUCCAGGAAACGACCCGCGACUGAACGGAGUAAAUCCGGACGAGCAGAUUGUCCAGACGCGGCCGUUCACAAGAACUACUGUCUGGACUCCGUACAGCGCCCGCGGGCCACGUAUGAACAAAAGGCCCAGCCAGGAGAGCAGAAACGCCCAGGCCGCAGCAGGAAGUGUCUGCGCUAAGAUCCCGGGGCGUCGUCCGUCGAGAGUGGGGUCCCGACUGGCGAGGCUAGGCGAAGGGAAAUAAAACUGCGACAUCGGUUUCCCUUGGCGAAAGGUCGUCGAUCUACCUGACUGACUUGCACCGAUCCGAGCUGGCAGGCUGCCAUUCUUGCCUGAGGGACGACUUUGUCAGUCCCUCUGGCAGAGGGGGGAGAGAGAGAGAGAGAGAGAAAGAGAGACGAGAGAAGAGAGUGGUGGAGUGAAAACGCAACCAGUGUCUGCGACGGCGCCUCUUGUGGGCUCGCGUCUGACGUGAGGGCACGUGCUCCAGAACAGGGAGGUGCGGGAUACAAGAGCGCGGGGCCGGGCGCCGCUCAGGAUAAGAACAGUUCGCGCAAGGCGAGGCGAGGCGAGGCGGGGAGGGCCACGGAGC